AGAAAUAGUUUCGGUAGAAGCGUUGCUGAAGCGGCUGUACUCGGGCUCAACUUGAGCGAGGAGUGAUGGCAGAGGGUCCCCUUAAAGCUUUCAAAAGAAAUAGGGACAGAAACUAAGAUGAAGGAUUUGUCAUCAAAAAACCCCAAGGUUUCUGGGGAAACCAAAGGCCAGAAUCCCCACAAGAUGAAGAAAGACAAAGAGAUCAUAAAACCUUACAAAUUGUCUCAUCAGAUUCUAAGUUUGACAGGGAUAAAUUUCACAAGACAGACAGUAAUUGGAUUUACUGAACUAACCUUAAUACCAUCUAAGGAUAGCAUCCGAUACAUCUGGUUGAACUGCAAGCAAUGUUGUGUGUAUCGUGUGACUCUGAAUGACACUCUAGAAGUACAGUUCCAAUACUCUGAUCCACUUCUUGAAGUAUGCCAGCAAGAUUCCAAACAGAGGAAUCUUGAGUACCUCAACAAAGCCCAGUUAACAGGGGUUACUGCAGUAGACCCAGAGAUAGGGCGAGGAGAACUUGUUAUAACAGUUCCCUUAGAAGCUCAGCAUAUGAUCCAGGAAGGGAAACCUUUACGUGUUGGCGUUGAAUUUUCCCUGGAAAAGCCUCAGUCAGGUUUACAUUUUGUGGUGCCUAACACAGAAGGAACAUUAGUUGAGAAAGGGGCGCACAUGUUCACAUAUGGCAAUGAAAACAGUGCUCGAUUAUGGUUUCCCUGUAUUGACACUUGGAGUGAAGUAUGCACUUGGAGACUGGAGUUCACAGUGGAUGAUUUUAUGACAGCUGUAAGCUGUGGAGACCUCUUAGAGGUUGUCUACACACAGGAUAUGAGACGGAAAACUUUUCACUAUUAUCUCUCAACCCCAACAUGUGCCCCAAAUAUUGCUCUUGUUGUUGGACCCUUUGAGAUAUAUGUGGAUCCCUUCAUGAAUGAGAUCACCCAUUUUUGUCUCCCUAAUUUGCUGCCUCUUAUGAAAGCAACAAGCAAAUACCUUCAUGAAGCUUUUGAAUUCUAUGAGGAACUUCUUUCAACAAGAUAUCCCUACUCAUGUUACAAACAAGUUUAUGUUGAUGAAGCAUAUAACAGUCUUCACUCUUAUGCAACCAUGAGCAUUCUUGAUGUGAAUUUGCUUUGUAGUAACAGAAUUAUUGACCAAGUGUAUGAAACCAGAAAAACAAUGGCUCUUUGUGUGGCACAGCAAUUCUUUGGAUGUUUUCUCUCCCGAUACUCCUGGGCUGAUGCCUGGCUAACAACAGGCAUUGCUAACUACCUGAUGAGUCUCUAUGUUAAGAAGCAUUUUGGCUUCAAUGAAUACAAAGAUUGGAUACACAGUGAAUUGAGAGAUAUUAUAGACUAUGAAGAAAGGUUUGGAGGAAUAGUGUUAGACCCAAGUUCAUCUCCCAAUGAGCCACAGAAUGGUCCAAAUGUUCCUCUUUCUCAAAGCAGCAGCGCUAACAAAGACACCUUUUACUUCUCAGUCAAAAACCCUCAUGCCUCUUCCCCUCAUUAUAUUGACGUGUAUUACAAGAAAGCCCAUUUGAUUAUACGGAUGCUGGAAUUCCGUAUUGGUCAGGAAUUAAUGAUGCAGGUAUUCAACAAACAUCUGUCCCUUGCACUGAUUGCUGUAGGUAAUAAAGGACACCCUGCUGGUUGGGCAAACAUGCUGUUGUCAACAGCAACAUUUACAAAGGCCAUCUUCACAGUGACAGGGAAAGACAUUACAGUGUUUUGUGACCAGUGGGUACGACAAGGAGGACAUGCUAAGUUCAAUAUGAAGUUUCUCUUCAACCGGAAAAGAAAUAUUGUUGAGAUGACUAUUGAACAAGGUUAUAUUGGUGAAUUAGGAAUUCGUCGUUAUGUUGGUCCCUUGGUGGUGUGGAUUCAAGAGUUGGAUGGAACAUUUAAGCACACUUUACAAAUUGAGCACCAGGUAUCAAAAAAAGAAAUUGUCUGCCAUUCAAAAUCCCGAAGAAACAAGAAGAAAAAGAUUCCUUUGUGCACUGGAGAGGAAGUGGACAUGGACCUGAGCCAUCUGGAUGCUGAUUCCCCUGUUCUCUGGCUUCGCCUGGAUCCAGACAUGACGCUAAUGCGUGCUGUGGAAGUGGAGCAGCCUGACAAUCAGUGGCAGUACCAAUUGAGACAUGAGCGGGAUGUGACAGCUCAGACUGAGGCCAUCAAUGCCCUUUUGCGAUUAGCGAAGCAAGGAGCUGUAACAACUGAAAUGAGGAAUACUCUUAAUGCCGUUUUGGAGAAUGAACAGUGCUUUUACAAGGUCCGUUGUAGAGCAGCACACUGCCUGACCAGAGUAGCCAAUGCCAUGGUAGCAAACUGGAAUGGUCCUCCAGCAAUGAUGCAGAUCUUCCGCAAGAUGUUUGGAUCCUUUUCCUGCCCCAAUAUCAUAAGGCAGCAUGACUUUACCAGCUUACAGAACUACUUCAUUCUCAAGACACUGCCAGUUGCCAUGGCAGGUCUUCGCAACACCCACAAGCAGUGUCCUCCUGAAGUUUUGGGGUUCCUGAUGGACCUCUUCAAGUAUAGUGAUAAUUCCAAGAACCGCUACUCAGACAAUUACUACCGCGCUGCACUUGUUGAUGCCUUGGCAGCUGCAGUUUCUCCAGCACUUGUGCAGCAUGACCCAGCAACCAUUACUUCAGACACUCUGACUGAGGAUAUGAAGAGGAUCUUAAGCGAAAUUGUUCGUUACUUGAACUUAGAAAAAAUGCUGCCUUGUUAUAAGUAUACUGUGACAGUGUCCUGCCUCCGUGCUCUGCGGGUUCUUCAGAAGAAUGGUCAUUUACCGCCAAAAUCUGACAUCUUCAAGGCAUAUGCAGCUUACCCACAGUAUAUAGAUGUGCGCCUUGCAGCAAUUGAGCAGAUAGUAGACUUCCUAAUCCGCGAUGGGACUCGUGAAGAUAUGGACUUUUUGCUGACACUGGCUGAGUCAGACCCUGUUCCAAUGAUCAGAUAUCGUACCCUUGUACUGCUAGCUAAAAAUCCUCCAUUCAUCAUGGGUCAGAGUCACAAGUUGGACACCCAGCAGCUGGUGGAUCGUCUCUGGAAUUUCAUGAAUUCUGGACAGCCAUGUGACUCAAGAGUACGUUGUGCAGUGCUGGAUCUCUACUACGCCUUGUAUGGCCGUCGUAGGCCAGCUUGCAUUCCUGCCUCAGAACCUGCACUGGUGCUGAAUCUUCGCAAACCACCGAAUCCACCCAUCAUGAGUCCCGUUAUAGUGAAAGAAGAAGAGGAAGAGAAGAUUCAGCCCAUAAAACGUGAGGCGCCACCGGAUGAUGUUUUCCCGGAGCUCAAGACAGAAAUCAAGACUGAAGUGAAUGAGAUGCCUGUUGAGGUUAUCUUUACAGAAGAUUCCAAAGUUAGAAUAAAGCAGGAUGAUGUGGAAGUGUUUGAUGAAGAGGUUGAUUGUACAGUGACACCCAGUAUGCCAACAAGCAUUGAUGGUGACAUGUCAGAAUCAACAACAUCACUACCCGGAGAAUGUCAUAAUGUUGCUGGAGCUCCUACAGGCUUCGAUUCGGACAUGUUCCGCACAGGCAGUGCUGAUUCUCAUGGGAAAUCCCACAAAAGCAAGAAGAAGAAAAAGGAUAAAAAACACAAGAAGCAUAAGAAGCAUAAGCAUGAGCAUAAAGACAAAGAUAAGCUUGACAAACUUGACAAGUUCAUUCAAGAGGAAAACUUGAGUUCAGGUUCAUCAAACCCACCAAGCCCAGCUUCUCCAAAUAUGCCAAGCAGUAUGACGUUCUAAUGUAAUGGUGUAUGGCAUUCCAUAUUUUGCUUCAUUGCAGUUUGAUGCAAUCAGUUUGAAGAUUCCAUAGACACAUUUUAGCUUCCAUUUAGCUUGUUUUUGAUAGCAAGUUGUAAAAUUUUGUGAAUGACCACAACACAUAAUUUUAUGUAAAUUUGGCACAAGCUGCUCUUGUUCAUAUAGAUUAUUUAUGUAUUGUAAAUAUGUUUUAAAAGAAUCAUAAAAUUAAAUGAAAGAGAAACAAAUAUUGGUACUGGCUUGAUAGUAGUAUGGUUACUUAUUUGAGUUGUAGUGUUGUCUGCAUUACAUCUUGUGAUAUACAGAAACAACUUUGAAAAGCAGGAUUACCACCAGGGUCCAGAGAGUUAUGAAUUUGACUCUUAAAGAUGAAUAUGGAUAAAAUAAACACUGUAUUUGUGAUUGAGCAAUUUUAUUACAGUUCUUAAGUUUGUGAAAUAUGUGGAAGCUACAUUACAGUAAAAUUUAAUUUUCAGAGCAUCUCAACAUGGACUUCUUAUUUUUUAUUUUCAUUGUAUAUUAGUUGUACAUUAGCAGUAGAAAUACUACAGAUUAUUGACAAUAGGUUUAACUAGCAUUGCAAUAUUGUGGCCAGAUACUACCAUUAUUCCAUAGUUGAGCAAAGUAAUGAUUUAUAAUUGUGAUGACAAAUUAGUGGAUAGUGAUGAAGCACACUUGUUAUUAUAGUAAGGAACAUAAUGCAGUGAUCUUCAGGUUUAUUGUAAUUAGGAAAGAACAUUCAUCAACCUUAGGAAAUGUGACACUAUUUUAGAUAUAUGGUUUUAUAACCAUUGUAUUUUUUAAUUAAAUGAAUAUGAAAAAAUGUUGAACUACAA